AUGGCUGCGAGUGCGUGUACGAUGACCUCUGAAGAGCUCAUGGAUGCUUUAAUGUAUAGAAUACAGAGAAACGCGGUCAAGUGGAAUACGUGCAAGCUUAAUAAGAUGGAGAAACGUCUGCAAACUGCCAUCGCGGUUGCCAGAGGCGCUCGUAAUUCCCUCCAGCCCGUGAACCGUAUCCCGCCUGAGAUACUCGCUGUCAUCUUCAGCAUGACACAGCAUCAUCUUCCUAGUUUCCUACCCCUCGUCGGGCCGCAGAGUGCCUACGAUAAAGCCGCUGACUGGUUUUGCGUCCUCCGCGUCUGUCGUCAUUGGCGCGGGAUCCGAUCCGCUGACUCCCUCCUCACGGUUGUUGCCGGUUCGUUACCUCGCAUCCGUGAGCUUCAUGCCGACUUCUGGGACACUGGGACGCUUCUCGGGUCCUCGAACUUCCUCACCGGGGCUGGUGUACCAAAUCUAAUGCCAAAACUGAAACAACUUUGUCUUGGAUACUUCACCUCGUGGCCAAAGAGGUAUUUCACGAACCUGACGCACCUCUGCCUGUACAACCAAGAUCAACUCUUGCGUCCUUGUACGUCCGACUUCCUCGAUAUUUUGGAGUCGUCACCCCAACUGGAGAGCCUUGCGUUGAUUGACGCUGGGCGAACCCGCCCUUUUUCCGAUGAUGUCCCAUUAGUUCUGCCAGGCCGUUUGGUCGCCCUUGAUUGCCUUCAGGAAUUAAGCAUGAAUAAUUGUAGUGGUAUUUUUGCCAUUACACGUUUGUUAUCGCAUCUUUCCCUCCCCAAACUUGCGGAUAUGCAUUUUUGGGGUUCAUCGCUCACCUCCCGCGGCGAAGAAGAACUUUCCUCGCUCUUUCCAUCGGACAUCUUCUAUCUUGACAAUCUACAAGACAUCAGAGAGUGCCGCGUGAUAGAGUACGACGACGACAAUUCCUUCGUCGACAUAGUCAGUGUUGUCGAUGGCGUUCUGUACGUAAAAGGGAACAUGGUCAUACCACAAUUUGCGACCAUCCCCCUCCGAUUCCCGCUAAGUAACGUCAAAUCGUUGCUCUUCGAAUCCAACCCGUUAAAUACGGUCAAUCCCAUUUAUUCUCGUCAAGUCGGUAUGAUCUCUCAGAUGUGGCGAGACACAUUCGACCAUCUGCUCGCCAUUGAAAACUUGACCAUCCGCCCCAUAUCCGUGGACGAAAUAAAACUAAUCCUGGAAGACCUCUAUCCUUGCCGCGAAGUAAACAUAGCGGUCCCAUGUCCCCAUCUCGCGUCUAUACGAUUGGAGAAGUAUACUGUAGACAUGUCGACCUAUCUAGCAUUCUUCCUAGCCGUAUUGGCUGAAGAACGUCGGGGUAUCGAGUCUGUUGAGAUCGUUUCUCUCAAUAAGGACCCAAGGGCUAAAAAUACCUGGCGUAGCCACUGGGACCAACCGUAUAACAACAGCAUUGGAAACGACUCGAAUCUGGAUCCUGGAGAGGAAGACAGUGACGACGAGGAUGAGGUUCAUGAUAAUAGGCCGAUGACCCGAUCUGAUGGGAUGGUAGCUUUGAAAAGGCGCGUUAGAGAUGUAACACAGCGGACGAGGACAAGAGCGUACGCCAAAUGGGUGCCGGCUGGAUGGCCUGCACAGGCGUACUUAUAG